UCAAAACAAAAACCAAAAGUUUUCUAAAUAUAAAAUAAAAAAUACAAUUUAGAAAAUAAUAAUUAAAUAUUUAAAGAAAUAUGUUACAUAAUGCUUUUUUUUUUUACUUUUUUGUCACCAAAAUCACCAAAUAAAUAUCGUUAAACUGUGCAAACAAAUAAAUCUAUCAAAAUAUUAUCUUUGACCUCAUUUAAAAUGAAAUUUUUUUAUUUAAAAAACAAAAAAAAAAAAAUCAUCAGUAUAGUGAUUGACCAAGCUAGACCAAGCAUCAUCAUCAUCAUCAUCGAAAUAAUUAAACAAUAAAAAAAUAAAAAAUGUUUAAAUUAUUAAUAUUUUUAUUAUCAAUAAAAAUCAUGAUAAUUAUUUCAAAAUGUGAUCGUAAUGAUGAUAUUUAUGAUGAAAAAGCUGAAAAUUCAUUGAGUGUCAUUAGACAAUACAAUGAUUAUUCAAAAAAUGAAAAUUAUUUACGAUAUGAAACAGAAGAAAAUGAUAAAUCUGGUAAAAAAUCAUCAAUAAUAAUUGAAACACUUGAAAAAUAUCCAUCAUUAAAAGAUGAAUUAGAUUAUCUUGUUCAUGAUCAAUCAUUAAAUAACAAUGAACCAAGUUACUUGGAAUAUCUUGAAGAAUAUCCAUCAAAAGUUGUUUUACACUACAUUGACUACAAUAAUAAUUAUAAAAAAAAUAAAUACAAUUUAUGUGGUGGUGUUUUAGUAACAAAUAGUUAUGUAUUAACAUCAUCAAAUUGUUUUUAUAAUAAUUUAAAUUUAAAUGAUCCUACAAUAGCUAAUGAUGAUCCAAGAUAUUAUAAAAUAUCAUUAUUUGCUGAUACAUUAACAAAUAAUUGGAAAAAAAAAUUAUUAAAUAUUAAAAAAAUUAAUAUUAAAUCAUUAAUUGAUGGUGGUGAAAUGGCAAUGUUAAAGCUUGAAAAAGAAAUUAAAAGAAGUCCAAUAACAAAUCAUGCAUUUUUACCAGAAUUUAAUAUAAAUGUUGAUGAAAAUGUAACUAUAUUACAACAUGCACAUUCACUUGAUUUAUCAAUAAGUAAUAAACCAGUUGAAAAAUUAAAAAAAGGAAUAAUUAAAGUUAUGAAUUCUCAUUAUUUACAUUUAUCUGAUGAUAAUAAUUUUAAUGAUAUUUUUUUUGGUAUUUAUCAAAGUAGAGAUACUGGAUUUUGUAAUAUUCUUUUGGGUGAUCCAAUUUAUAAUGAAACAACAGCCGUUGGUAUUUUACAAGUUGUUCAUGAUUGUGAUGAUGCUAAGUAUCCACUUGUGCUUACAGAUAUAUUUAAACAUAAAAAUUGGAUUGUCGAUGGAUUGAUAAAUGGAUUUUAUUGAUGAUAUAAUAGAUAUAUUCAUUUUUUUCAUUAAUUAUUAAUUUAUAGAUAUAGAAUAAAGUUUUUUUUUUUAAUAUCGCGUGAUUUUAAUAAUUCUCUUGGUUUUUUGGGGAGAGAAAUUUUUAUUAUGUAAAAGAAAAAUAAUAUUGUUUUUAAAUUUCAUCAUUAGCCUCAGGUGUAUUAAAAAAAAAAAAAAAAUUAAUGAUAUUUCAAAACUAGUAAAUAAUAUGCUUUUAUAAAAAUAUAUAAAUAAUAAUGAUAAAUUGGUGUCAAAGCGAUCUACAUAGUUAUGUAAAAUUUAAAAAUAAUAAAAUGAAAAUUUAUUUGAAAAAA